CCAGCCGAGGGGCGACAGUCCCGCCGCUCAAUGGUCACAAGUUCGAGCAUCUCAAAAGGUGUCGCUGUGCCUUUAAGGCGGCCGCUUUCGGUCUCCGGGCCCUUCGCGACCGUCGAAUGUCGUGACUUGAUAAAGCACUCCUCCCGCCCCUUAGCAACCGCUAGCCAGUGACAGCCUUACUCGAGCUUUCCCAUUGGUGUGUCGGGAGGGCGCGAGAAGACUAUGUUCCCUUCUGUGUAAGAGAGAAAGAAUCCAACAGGAUCUUCGCCCGGCCAUCCUUGCCCUGCAAUGGAAUCAGAACUGCUCCUGGCUCCCAUCACUGCCCUGGAGAUUGUGGGAGAUCAUCUUGUAGCAGGUGAAGGGCCCAACAUAGUCAUCUGCCUGCUGGAGUCUGAAGCCAGCCAGUCAGUGAGGUAUUGCAAGCAGGUCCUUCGCAACUCCAAUGUCCACGGUAUCAAAGAGCAACAGAGCUGCGCGAUAGGGAGGGAGAAAGGACCCUCCAUCCUUGCCGUCUUUGGGGGCAAAAGCCUUGUUGGUGUCGAGCUCGGCUUCCGGGGCAGCCACGUGGACGUAGCGGAAUUCUUUCCCCUCUGUGAGGUGCACGAUUGGAUCUGGGAUCUGCAGUGGCUGGAAGGCAGCCCCAAGGCCCUCUGCUGUGUGGCUUUGGCCCUGGGCCACAACUCGGUGGCGCUGUACGAUUGCGUGGGGCAGAAGGUGCUCCGCGAAGUGCACUGCCAAGAGAGAUGCAUCCUCUACUCGGCCCACCUGGUAGGGAGCCGCUGGGACGCGCUGGUCGUGGUGGCAGGCACCGUCUUUAACCAGCUGGUGGUCUGGCACGCGGCUGAUCCAGCAGAUGGCACAGGGAGGGUGCGGCCUCGCUCCCGGAUUCGAGGGCACAGCGGGGUCAUCUUCAGCAUUUGCUACUCGGAGAGCAAGGGCGUCCUGGCGUCUGCCUCUGACGACAGGAGCCUGCGGCUGUGGGGCAUCGGUGACCUGAGGGCUCCCUCGGAGGACGUCCCGUGCCUUCUGGUCUGCUAUGGGCACCAGUCCCGCGUCUGGUCGGUCAAGUUGCUGAACGACUACCUCGUCAGCAUCGGCGAGGAUUCUGCGUGUCUGGUGUGGAACUACCAAGGCGAGGUCGUCCGCAAGUUUAAAAGCCACAAGGGCCGUGGCCUCCGGGCUGUGGCUGUGCACGAGGGGCGAGGCUGGGUGUUCGCCGGUGGGGCUGAUGGUGGCAUCCGACGCUGGGCCCUGAAAGGCGAGAGCACCCACGGGAGCAGCCUUUUGCAGCUGAACUUCCCCUCCCCUCAGAGAAAAGGAGCCCCCCGAGCAGUAAAACUGGUCGAUGGGAACCGUCUCCUGGUCAUGACUGACGCUGGGGCCGUCUACACCUAUGACACGUCCUUGAAAGCCUGGGAGCUGGUCCUGGAGGAUGCUGCCUAUCAGUCCUACAGCCUCCUGGACGUCUGUGCCCUUGGCGGCAACGUCACCGUGUGCGCCAUGGGCAAUCUUUCGGGGCACAUCAAGGUCUUCCCUCUCGGCAGCCCCUGGCAAAGCCAAGAGCUCCAGCUGUUCCAAGGGAAAGUGCACAGCCUGACCUGGUCUCUCCCUUCUCCCGGACAGAAUCCCAGGACGUGCAGCCUCUUGGUUUCUGGCCCAGCAGGGGCUUUGCUGUGGCUGGAGGUCUCUUGCGCCCCACCCCGAGGGGUGACGGUGGGGAUCAAGCGGCGCUUCCUUCUGCCCCUCUGUAAGCAGCGAUGGCACACCUGCGCGGCCCUCCUGCCCCAGGGGGAGCUUCUGCUCUGUGGCGACCGCAGGGGCUCCGUGAUGCUCUUUGCUUGCAGGCUAGCUCUUCCCUCGGACAAGACCUCGGGGGGAGGAGAGUUGGGCCACUCCGAUGCAGAGAGGACGUGCGGCUCCCCGGGGCCGCCCUUUCCUAUGGGAGGGGAAGAGCCGUCUGCCGAGGGGCCCGUUUCUCUCCUGUUUGGCCUUCACGGGAAGCUUGGGGUGACCUCCAUCCUCUGCCACGGGGGCUUCAUCUACAGCACCGGCCGGGAUGGCUGCUAUCGCCAACUCCAGGCGCAGGGCGAGCAGCUCCGAGUGCUGCAGAAGCAGAAGCCUUGCAAGGGCCUGGACUGGUUGGAAGAGCUGCGCAUUGGGCCGGACGGGAGCAUGUGGGUGCUGGGCUUCCGUGGCACCCACUUCGUGGUCUGGAGCACCGACAGCAACGAGACCCUGCUCUCCCUCCACUGCGGUGGCGGCCACCGCUCCUGGAGCUACACCCGCCGCCCCUCUGGGGACCUCUUUGCUUACAUCAAGAGUGGGGAUGUUAUGAUGUACCAAAGGAGUGAUGCCCCCAGCGGGAAGCCCAUCCUCAAAGAGCCCCUGCACAGCCGGGAGCUGACCUGCGUGUGCUACCUUGGGACCCUGAGGACGCCCAGCCUGGAGCCGGUGAGCAUCCUUGCUACGGGAAGUGAGGACAAUGCGGUGAAUAUUCUAACCUUCAGGACGGGAUCUCACUCGAUGGCCCGACUCACAACCCUCAGUGACCACAUCUCCAGUGUCAGGGCGCUGGCGAUGGCUGAGGGCAGGGCCCCUCAGGCAGAGAAAGGGUGUCUCUCCCCCUUGCUUUUCUCAGCUGGAGGCCGGGCCCAGAUCGAGGGCUACCGGUUACUGCUCAGCCCUAGCCCCAGUCCCGGCAGUGGCGUGGCCUGCCGCUUGGCCCACGUGGCGUCUCAUCGCUUGGAUGAACAUUGGGAGCGCAUGAAGAACCGGCACAAGUACAUCAAGAUGGAUCCAGAGACCAGGUAUAUGUCCAUUGCAGUGCUGGCUAGCACUGAGGAUGCAGAACCGUCUGAGACGUUACUCUUCCUGGCCGCUGCUUGUAGUGAUGGAUCUGUCCGGCUUUUCCUGCUGCUUGAGAGUUCUCAGAAGCUGACGCUUGUGGCGGAGUCCUUCUACCACCAGCACUGCGUCCUGAAGGUCCAGGCAUUCGCCUCUGAGGCGGCAGGUGGACGGAGGAGACACUUUGUGGCCAGUGCAGCUACCGACGGGAGCAUCGCCUUUUGGGACGUCAGCGCUACCCUUGACCUUGCUGCACAAGCGGUACAGGCGGAUAUCGCCUUUUGGGACGUCAGCGCUACCCUUGACCUUGCUGCACAAGCGGUACAGGCGGGGGGAGGAGAGAGGAAGAUUCUGGACCUGGGAACCCGGCUUCUGACUAUUCAGGCCCACAGCUGUGGGGUCAAUAGCCUCCAAGUCCAUAAAAUGGCAGGUGGGCAUUUCCUCGUGGCCAGUGGCAGCGAUGAUGGCUCCAUCUCGGUCAGCGACAUCGAUGUGAACGAUGAAAGCAUUGUGGACGGAGAAGCCCCCGCCGAGAUCAGCAUCCGCAUCUUCAGGACAUUGUCCAGGCCAUGCGCCCACGCGGCCCACGUGACGGGGGUGAGGCUCCUGCGCCCAGACCUCCUCCUUUCUGCUUCGGUGGACCAGCGGCUGACGCUCUGGCAUCUUUGUGAGGACCGCUUGUCUUUUGUGUGCAGCAAAUUCUGUCACGUGGCUGACGUGGCCGCUCUGGAGUGCUGGGAAGUGGAGGGGCCCAGCUGUCACAACGUGGUAUGCGGCCAGGGUUUACAGGUGCUCCGUUGCAGCCUGGAGUUGCAAGGUACAAAAACAGAUGGCGAUGUAUGACCAAGCAUGGAGUGCCAAGGGCGCUUCUUUUCUUUCUGGAAUGCUGACGAGAAGAAAGGACAAGCAGGCUUGCAUCGGGUCCUCGUAGGGCAGCAACACGGACUACAAGAGGACUCCGGUAUUCCUUAUCCACACAGAUGCAAUUGUUGAUCAUUGGGUCACUCGUCUGCUCCCUUUCACCAGCAGGCGUACUCCACUUUAGCAGCCUGUUUUAGCGUGGUGCUGCGUCUCAGAGGCUGAUAGUGUGAUAAUAACCCCUCAUCAGAACUUUAAUUGUUUUUGGAUUCAGAAUCCCAGAAUUACUCAACCAAUGUGGCCAUGGGUGCAGGAUUCUGGGAGUUGCCAUCAAAAAAAGGCAUGAAGUGGACAAGCGCAUGCUUACCUGGUAUUACUACCCUCUACCUUUGCUGGUUUGAUGACCAACCUUUGUAGAUAUGCUUUUUUUUUUAAAAAAAAAUGCUUCU